AUGGGGCAGCCUGCGUGGGGCACCCAGACACACCGCGGGGGGCUGCGUGGGUUGUGUCUGAAAUACCGCCGCGGAGGCAUCCUGCUGGAGGCAGCCCCCGGGAAACGGCCGAGCCCUGAGGUGUGGCUUGUCAUCGCUGAACAGCCCGCUCUCUUUCAGAAGCCGUACGUGUGCGAUUACGAAGGCUGCGGUAAAGGUUUCACGAGAGAGUUCCACCGCGCUCGACACCUUCUUACGCACACUGGGGAAAAGCCGUUCGAGUGCACAGCUGAUGGAUGCAAUCAGAAAUUUGGAACAAAGUCAAACUUAAGGAAGCAUAUCGAGCGCAAGCAUGAAAAUCAGCAAAAGCAAUAUGUGUGCGACUUUGAAGGCUGUAACAAGUCUUUCAGGAAACAUCAACAACUUAAAGUUCAUCAGUGUCACCACACCAAUGAACCUCCCUUCAAAUGUAAUAAUGAAGGAUGUGGAAAGUACUUUUCUACUCCAAGUCGACUAAAGCGGCAUGAGAAGAUACAUGAAGGCUAUGCAUGCAAGAAAGAAAACUGCUCAUAUACUGCAAAAACCUGGACAGAGCUUCUGAAACAUAACAAAGAAAGUCAUACAGAGCCGAUAGUUUGCAGUGAGUGUUACAAAACUUUUAAAAGGAAAGAUUACCUCAAGCAGCAUCAAAAAACACAUGCUGUGCAGAGGGAAGUCUGCCGAUGCCCAAGAGAAGGAUGUGGAAGAACUUACACAACUGUAUUUAACCUUCAAAGCCAUAUCCUCUCUUUUCAUGAGGAGAAAAAACCAUUCUCUUGUGAUUAUCCAGGGUGUGGAAGAGUGUUUGCAAUGAAGCAGAGCUUGGCAAGGCACACAGUUGUACACGAUCCUGAAAAGAGAAAGCUGAACUUGAAACGUUCUCGUCCUAAGAGGAGCUUAGCCUCUCGUCUGAGCGGCUACAUUCCUCCUAAAACGCAGCCAGGAAAGGAUGCAGUUGUGACAGAAAGCAAGACAAUGGAUAAGCCCAUGGAAAACGAAAUACCAACUGUUGAAAUUCUGACUCUGCAGUAG